UCGGUUCGCUUAUGACUUGGGCCGGCCCUGCCUUAACAAACGCGCUUGUUCCUGCAGAAAGAGAGAGAAGCGGCAGCGGCGGAGGCUCUCAGAGCGGAGAACAGCGCCGCAGCUGCAGGAGGAGAACCCAGAGACCAGGCGUCGGACCGCGGGCUCCUCCUCCUCCUCCUCCUCCUCACCCUGGAGUUCUGGAUCUCAGCUGAAACUUGUGAGUCCGGAGGACCAACUUUCGGCUCGGCAUGGCGUCUCUGCUCAACUCCGCCUGCGUCGUCCUCUUGCCUGUUGCGCUGCUUCUCAUGUUGAGUCCAUGUCCUGUUGCUGCAGCCUCAACCAGAAGGUGUCACUCUAUCUACAAAGGCUUCGCUAAAUGUCUGAUGGCUCUGGGCGACAGUUUGACCGACACCUCCCACAAGGAGGAGGAAACCCACGAGAUACACUCCAUCUGCAGGUCUUGGGAUGAGUUUCAUAACUGCGCUAACGUGGCGAUGGCUGGCUGUCCGGAGGAAGCGGCGGCCGUAUGGGAGUCUCUUCGCCAGGAAUCCAAGAAGAUGCAGUUCUCUGGGAACCUUUACGACAUGUGCUCCAACCGGAACAGCCACCCAGCAGACUCCAUCUCCCCCCACGGCUCCCUGAACCAGGGAGAUAUCAACCAGGAGUCUCUAAGAGGAAGCGCCGAUCAUCCGGCAGGCCGCCUCCACCUUUUCUUGCUACUGGCUCCUCUCCUAUUGCUGCUCUUUUGGAUAUAGCUACCCUGAAGAUAUGUGACUAGUGUAAAUAGAUAAAACUUUGUGUAAUAUUCUCUUUCCCAACUCCAUAGACUUUCAUUUUGCUUCUUCCUCUGCUCCGCCAGGGGUUGCAUAUUUCUAAUUGCAUGCUCAGACGGCCCAAUGGUCCUUUUGAUAACGCAAUUCUGAACUGCGGUUCCGUUUCAUGAAUAUUCUCUGCCAUUUAAUGAGUGUUUCUGUUGGAAAUAUGCUCUGUACGUCUGUAGAAACAGCCCUGCGAAAACACAGUUUUAGAGAUGCACACUGGAGCCACACAUCUGUCUUUAUGCCCCUACACCUUCAAAAUUCAGCCGUAGGUUUGCAUGUGGUGAUUCCAGAAGGACUUUGAGUUCCUAACUGUGAUAUAAAAGGCGUAAAAGCAACAUUACAAGCAAUAGAUUACUACUACUAAGGAUUUAUGAGAUGAAUUCACCUGUUAGUGGAGGUUUUCGUUCUUUGAAAGGCUACAUUUGUGUUCUUGUCUGUAAAAGGUUCAUUUCUGAGCUCCAAAAACCGAUUGCAUUGAAGAUCUCUGUUUUUCACCAAAGUAUAAAAAAAGACGAGUAAGAGCAAACGUGUGUGUCCAGCCACAGUUGAAUAAAACGUUGGUCCUUUGAAAUAAA